UUAUAUUUGGGAGGUAAGAAGCAAACUCUGUACCCAACCAAACCAAACUCCAAUACCAAAAGAAAGUUUUAAAGGAGACGCCUCUCAUUUCUCCCUCGUGACACAAACGCAAUUUGCAGAGAGCAACCAAAAACAAGAAAGAAGAACAAAGAUACCAUCAGUUUUGGAUUCGAAGAAGAAGAAGAAGAAUUUGGAUUCCCCUGGAUUCGAUUUUUAGCUAUUACAGAAACUCUUGUUUGUUAAGAAAAAAGAUGUCUGAGUUCGUCGCUAGUCGGAGAUUUACUGGGAAGCCUAGCUUCUCUCUGACUUGUAGUCGUUUGAGUCAGUAUCUUAAAGAGAACGGUAGCUUUGGAGAUCUGACCUUAGGCAUGGCAUGCAAGCCUGACGUCAAUGGAACUUUAGGCAACUCACGUCAGCCGACAGCAACUAUGAGUUUAUUCCCUUGUGAAGCAUCAAACAUGGAUUCCAUGGCGGCGGCUGCAGCUCAAGAUGUUAAACCUAAGAAUUUGUUUCCUAGGCAAUCAAGUUUCUCUUCCUCAUCUUCCUCUGUUCCCAAGGAGGAUGUCUUGAAAAUGACACAGACUACCAGAUCUGUGAAACAGGAGUCUCAAACUGCUCCAUUGACUAUAUUCUACGCCGGGCAAGUGAUUGUAUACAAUGACUUUUCUGCUGAGAAAGCCAAAGAAGUGAUGACCUUGGCCAGCAAAGGAACCGCUAAUACCUUCACCGGUUUCACAUCUAAUCUCAACAACAACAACAACCAAAGUGUAGCCAAGACUACUCCUCAAACAAGCAACGUCGUCGCUACUAUCCCAAACCAAGUUCCUCAUCCCAAGAAAACCGCAACACAAGAGCCAAUCCUGUCCUCCUCAACUCCAAUGACAUGUGAGCUUCCUAUUGUUAGAAGAGCUUCACUCCAUCGGUUCCUAGAGAAGAGAAAGAACAGAGUUACCUCAAAGGCACCAUACCAAUUAUGCGAUCCAGCCAAGGCGUCUUCAAAGCCUCAAACCUCAGACAACAUGUCUUGGCUUGGUUUGUCAGCUGAAAUUUGAACGCUAACCGCUGCACCAUCCUUAAACAGUACCGAGAAAUUCUUUUGACGUUGCUUUCAUUCAAUACAAGAUAUAAAAGCUCCUCCUACCUUCCUUCAUACCUUCCUGCUUCAAGCUUGUUAUAUUUUUACAACUAUUCAAUGAUUAGGAAACUUCAUAUAUUUGUAUGUAUUGAUUAGUUAUAAAUUCUUGUUAGUAUUCUCGUUUUAGUUUGUUGUUUUACUAGGUGUUUGUAACAUGUCUUAUCUUACCCCCUUUCUCUGGGCUAUCUCAAAAUUAGUUUCGUAUGCGACUGAUUGUGUUUUUGUAUGAAACAAUAAUUUUUGUUGACGAACCAUACUAUCAAUAUAAAGAUCUUAUUAUACU